AUGAAGUUCGCGGCAUCAACACUCCUCAUCGGCGCUGCGGCGGCAGCUGGUCUUCCGCAGCAGCAAACGCCGCUCCAGGCGCCUGCCAGUGACAAUGGUGCGCUGAAGGCUGCUAGCGACAAGGCCUCAUCGUGGACGAAGCCACUUCAGAAUCUUCAGCAUGAGCUCAAGCACUUAACUGGCGAAGCCCGCCAGGUGUGGGAUGAGGUGGCGCUCAUGUUCCCCGAAGCGAUGAAUCAAGCUUCUUUCUUCAGCCUGCCCAAGCCACACACGAAGCGAUCCAAGUGGGACUACACAACGUCAGGCAAGGCGGUACAAGACAUCUGGGUCACAAAUAGCAACGGCGAGAAGGAGCGCGAGCUCGACGGCGACCUUGAAGCUUUCAGCCUCCGCACCAAGAAGGUAGACCCGAGCAAGCUCGGCGUCGACAAGGUCAAGCAAUAUUCUGGAUACUUGGACAAUGAGGAAGAUGAUAAGCAUCUCUUCUACUGGUUCUUCGAGUCUCGCAACGAUCCCAAGAACGAUCCUGUCCUGCUUUGGCUUAACGGUGGACCUGGGUGCUCUUCUCUGACUGGUCUCUUCAUGGAACUCGGACCUAGCUCCGUGAACAAGAAGGGCGAGCUAGUUUUUAACCCAAGCAGCUGGAAUGCCAAUGCCUCGGUCAUCUUCCUUGACCAGCCAGUCAACGUUGGCUAUUCUUACAGCAGCGGCACCGUCUCCAACACAGUUGCUGCUGGCAAGGACGUCUACGCUCUCUUAACACUCUUCUUCAAGCAAUUUCCAGAGUACGCCCACCAAGAUUUCCACAUCUCUGGAGAGUCGUAUGCCGGCCACUACAUCCCUGUAUUCGCUUCCGAGAUCCUGUCUCACAAGAAGCGCAACAUCAACCUCCAGUCGGUCCUGAUUGGUAACGGUCUGACCGAUGGGUUGACUCAGUACGAAUACUACCGCCCAAUGGCGUGUGGUGACGGCGGCUGGCCGGCAGUCUUAUCCCCACAAGAGUGCACAAGCAUGGACAAUGCUCUUCCACGCUGCCAGUCUCUCAUUCAAAAUUGCUACAACAGCGAGUCCGUCUGGUCAUGUGUUCCCGCCAGUAUCUACUGCAACAAUGCCAUGAUCGGUCCCUAUCAGCGCACUGGCCAGAACGUCUAUGACGUCCGCAAGAAAUGCGGUGGCAACAGCUUGUGCUACGAUGAGCUGGACUGGAUACAGGAGUAUCUCAACCGCAAGGAGGUGAUGGAAGCUCUUGGUGCCGAGGUCGACAAGUACGAUUCUUGCAACUUCGAUAUCAACCGCAACUUCUUGUUCCAGGGUGAUUGGAUGCAGCCAUUCCAUCGCUUGGUGCCAGGCAUCUUGAAAGAGAUCCCAAUCUUGGUCUACGCUGGUGAUGCCGAUUUUAUAUGCAACUGGCUUGGUAACUUGGCAUGGACACAGGCUCUCGAGUGGCCUGGUCAGAAGAAAUAUGCUAAGGCACCCAUGGAGGAUUUGAAGCUCAUGGACGAUGGUACCAAGAUUGGUGCUGUCAAGUCUGGUGCCAAUCUCACCUUCAUCAGAUUGCACGCUGGUGGCCACAUGAUCCCAUACGAUCAGCCCGUCGCUAGUUUGGACAUGGUCAACAGGUGGUUGGGCGGUGAGUGGAUCGAGUCGUAG